AUGACUAGAACAACACACACAAAGGUCAAAGGUGCACCUGAUUACGACGAGGCCGAAUUCUGGGAUGCUCGCUUUGCUACGGGCGGCGAUGUAGGCGAAUGGUUGAAUUCUGGCGAAGCCCUCCUAGAGGCAGUAUUAGCCGACCUAGAGAGCCGCCCGCAUGUUACAACUAGCAAAGUCCCUCGUGUCCUCCAUCUGGGCCCAGGUGUCUCAAAACUUGGCUGUAAUCUACGUGACAAGUGCGUAGAGCGCAACUGGCAGGGAAAUGGCAUUGUGAAUGCCGAUUUCUCGAGUGAGGCUGUUCGCCUGGGCCGUGAAUUCGAAAGCACGAAGGAUUCCAUGCAUGCGAUGCAUUGGACUCGUGCUGACCUGCGCCGGUGGAGCGAGGUCUCCUCUCUUGGUCAACAUGCGCCAUUCGACGUGAUUUUGGACAAGAGUACCAGCGAUGCCCUAUCCACAUCUGACGACUUUGAAGUCUCUUCCCAAGAAGAGCUGUCGGCUAGUUGCCCAACCGUAAUCGACAUUUUGACUGAGAACCCUAGCACCGUACUAUCGCCUGUGGAGCUUUUGGGUUUGCAGCUAGUCCCUUUAACUCAAAAGGGCUCGACGUGGAUUGUCCUCUCAUACUCGACUAUGCGAUUCGAUGGGUUGAAACAUAUGGCCGCAUAUUGGAAGAUGCGGUCUCGCAUAGCAUUGAAAGCGCCAUCUGGCCCUGUGUCUUCUUCCGCCCACACACCAGAUGUGUUCCAUUGGCUGUACAUUCUUGAGCGGGAAUAA